CUGCUGCAGGUGGUGUCCUGGGCCACAGGUGCCCGGCGCUGCAGCCCCAAGCACUUCGGCCAUGAUUCCAUCGUGUGCGUCUGCAAUGCCACCUACUGCGACACACUGGACCCCGUGGAGCUGCCAGCCCCGGGCGCCUACAUCAAGUAUGAGAGCAGCAAGGCUGGCAAGCGGCUGGAGCGCAGCGAAGGCAAAUUCCAGAGCAGCCUGCACGCCCCAGGGAUUGAGUACAACCUCCUCCGGCUCCCCAUGGCUUGCAGCGACUUUUCCACACGCCCCUACAGCUACGACGACGUCCCCCACGACUUUGAGCUGAAGCACUUCAGGCUGGCAGAAGAAGAUUUGAAGAUGAAGAUCCCUCUCCUGCACCGAGCUUCGGCCAUGAGCAGGAGGCCACUGUCACUGCUUGCCAGUCCCUGGACCGCCCCAGGCUGGAUGAGGAGCAACGGCGAUGUCCGUGGGAAGGGCGCCCUGAAGGGGCAGGCAGGGGACAAGUACCACAGGACCUGGGCCAACUACUUCAUCAAGUUCCUGGACGAAUAUGCCAAGCACAAUGUGACCUUCUGGGCAGUGACUGCACAGAACGAGCCCCUGGCAGCGCUCCUCACGCCCCCCCAGUUCCCCACCAUCGCCUUCACCGCCAUGAGCCAGAGGGACUUCGUGGUCCACGACCUGGGCCCCGCGCUGGCACGCAGUGCCCACCGCACCCGGCUCAUCAUCAUGGACGACCAACGCAUCCACCUCCCACACUGGGCCAAAGUGGUCCUGGGCAAUGCCACUGCUGCUCGCUACUCUGCUGGUGUGGGAAUUCACUGGUACCUGGACAGCAUUGUCCCUGCCAGCUGCCUGGAUGCCACCCACAAGCUCUUCCCUGACCAUUUUCUCCUCUACACGGAGGCCUGCAGUGGCUUCCUCACCUUCCGCUUCUCCGUGUCCCUGGGCUGCUGGGAGCGAGGGGUCCACUACAGCCACAGCAUCCUGACGGUCCUGAACCACUUUGUGGCUGGCUGGAUUGACUGGAACCUGGCCCUGGACCUCCAGGGGGGUCCCAACUGGGUCAAGAACUACGUGGACAGCCCUGUCAUCGUGGACAGCAGCAAGGACGUCUUCUACAAGCAGCCCAUGUUCUACCACCUGGGGCACUUCAGCAAGUUCAUCCCAGAGGGCUCACAGCGUGUGGGGCUGCACAGCAGCCGCCGGUGCCUCACCUGCCAGCUGGAGCAUGUGGCUGCCCUGCGCCCCGAUGGGGCUCUUGUCCUGGUGGUCCUCAACAAGUUUGGCUGGGAUGUGCCAUUCGGGAUCCGGGACCCUGCCCUGGGUUUCAUCGAGGCUGUGGCUCCAGCCAACUCCAUCCAGACCUACCUGUGGCGUCAGCAGUGA